AUGGAGUAUUCAUCCCUUCGUCCUGUAACAGAGCGCUCUGCUCGACCAUCGUCAUCUCGCUCACCCGAGUCACACUACUGGCGCAAGUUCCGUGCUCCCGUCUUCGUCAAGGAGCUGGCACCCAUCACCUCGAUCCAUUUCGUGCCACCGGUCUCUGUAUAUUCGACCACCUCGCUCGAGGAUGAUCCCUCCUCGGCAGCUUCAACGACAAUCGGGUCGACGUCAACGCAGCCUACGUCUGUUUCUGCGCGACAGAAGUUUGCUGUGACGACGGGAGCGAGAGUGCAGAUCUACUCGAUGCGCAACAGCCGGGUGUCAAAGACGAUUUCGCGUUUCAAGGACGUGGCGCGCUCGGCAAAUUUCAGGUCGGAUGGCAGACUCAUGGUCGCAGGUGACGAUAGCGGGUUGAUUCAGGUGUUCGAUACGACGUCGAGGGCGAUCUUGAGGACGCUGCGCGGUCAUGGAGGUCCUGUGCAUGUUACGAGAUUUUCCCCCAACGGUACGGAGAUCAUGUCCGCGUCGGACGAUAGGACGGUGAGGCUGUGGGACGUGCCGGAGCAAAAGGCGGUGCACGUUUUUGAGGGGCACGAGGAUUACGUGCGCUCGGCGGUGUUCUCGCCCGACAACCCGGCGCUCAUGCUCUCCGGUAGUUACGACAGCACCGUCAAGCUAUGGGAUGCGAGAAUGGGCGAACAGGGCGGAUGCGCCAUGACCAUGAACCACAAUGCGCCGGUCGAGGAUGUCCUGGUGUACCCCACAGGCGGCGGAGGUGUGGCGCUCUCUGCCGGUGGACCCGUGAUGAAGGUCUGGGACCUGAUGAUGGGCGGACGAUGCAUGGCCUCCAUCUCGAACCACCAGAAGACGAUCACCUCGCUGGCGCUCUCGGUCAACUCGGGCGCUGACUUUUCCGUGUCCAACUCCGACUCCGUCGGUGGCAUGCGUAUCCUUACGGGAGGUCUUGACCACUUGGUCAAGGUCUACGAUCCAGCGCAAGAUUUCAAAGUGACGCACACCAUGCGCUACCCGUCGCCUAUCUUGUCGAUGGCGGUCUCGCCGGACGAAUCGCAUAUUGCGGUCGGUAUGGCGGAUGGUACGCUGUGUGUCCGCAAGCGAGAUGUCAAGGCGAGCGAGCUGGAGCGCCGCGAAGCCGAGCGUGCAGCGAUGAACGCUGGUGCGUACGAGUUUUUCAUGCAAGGCAAAGCGGCGGCGUCCAACCAGCCGGGUCAAGUCAACGCACGACGAGCGACGGACGACAUCCGCGUCGACAGCGUCCGCAAACGCAAGCUGCAAGAUUACGAUCGUUUCCUCAAAGGUUUCCGGUACGGCGACGCACUCGAUGCCGCACUGCGCAAAGGCGUCGCUCCGAGCGUCACGUUCGGCCUCAUCCUCGAACUCAUCCACCGCUCUCCACGAGGAAGCUUGGACGGUCUGAGGCGAGCGAUCGCAGGCAGAGACGACGUGACGCUUGAACCCGUGCUCAGGUUCUUGCUGCGUCAUUCGGCGAACCCGAACUAUGUCGAUCUGGUCUGCGAUACGCUCAACGUCAUUGUGGACACGUAUGCCAGCGUCAUCGGCCAGAGUCCGCUGAUCGAUGACCUGUUCGGAAGGAUCUGGGCCAAGGUGGGCGACGAACUGAGGCUGCAGAGGGAUCUGAUGCAGGUGAGGGGUAGUCUGGAGAUGAUCUUGGCUGGAACGGCGUUGGGUGCUGCUUCGACUACGGUUGCGUAG